AUGCGCUCGUGGGUACUGUUGGUUUGUGGCAUGAGUGCUUGUGUCGUACUCGCAAGCAGGGAAAAUCGACUGCUAGGUUUGAUCGAGUCGGUUGAUCCUCAUCCAGUCGUUGCGAACAACAUGUUUGCUUCAAAAGUCGUAGAAGAUUCACCAAAUGUCAGAACCAAAGACGAAGAAGCACGGACCUUUCAAGAAACAAUAGAAAAAUACGUCGCUUUGAUAAAGGUGAUCCUAAAUCAAGAGCAUCCCGAAGCUUAUUUCAACAAAGCGAAUUUGGGCGAGAUAAUCAAGUCUCAACGGACAACAUCAACUUUAAUCCCCUGGGUUCGACAUGUGGUAGCGUACAGAUCAGUAUUAGGUCAUGACUACUACACGGAAGAACAAUUUUACGAGCUCUUGAAAAAGUGGACAGAUGAAGAGUUUGUCAUGAAAUUCUGCCAAGACAUUAAAAGAAAUCCAGAAUUUGCUGAAUUUGCUGAAGAAAUGAUGACUUUUUUGUGGCUCAAGUCCAAAAUGAGCCCAGAACAAGUUGGGGACAUUCUUUUAUCUGGUGAGAAAAGUGUUCCCGAUAAAGACGCGCUGCUGAAUAAAGUACUUCAAUACAGUCAUAAGUAUAGGAAUUUGAUGCUUACCAAUGGCGAAGCGUUGGGUAACCUCAACUCAGAGGUGUACAUGUACAGAAUUCUGGGACUGUUGAGAACAAUAAAGAAGGAUGAAGAAUUGAAGGUGUGGCUCGAAUCUGUUCAAGCAGAAGACGGUCUGAAGACCUUUGCGGGAAACCUGGCAGGAGCACUAGAACGUGAUAUUAUGAAUCGGCAGGACCUAAUGUCGUCACAGUCACUGACAGAUCUAGGCAUCAAAAUGGUUUUCACCAAGCUGGAUCUCACACCCACGAGACAGAGCCUCAAUCCAGAAAAGUUUUUCCAGUGGCUUCGAUUUUGCGCUUUGAGCUCGAAAGAGAAGACAGAUCCAGCUGAACUCUCCGGACUCAUCGACACGAUACUGGAGCUGCUAGAAAGCGUGUACCCAAAGAAUAACCUUGCUAGCUUAUUCGAUGACAUUUCCAAUGUCUCGGACAUGAAAACUCUCGCUGAUCAAAUGGAGAAUGCACUUCGACACACGGAGGCCUGA